AUGGAAAUACAUGUCCAUGAAGAUGGAAGGCAGGCGAAAAGAGAGAUAUCUUGUGGGACCAUUCUAGCUAAUAAGAGGGCAAAUACGCGUGUGAACAACAGUCACAACUCCGAUAUAAAGUUGUUUUUUCUAAGUUGCUGAAAUCCCAUGUGCGUCUACUUAUAUCAGUGCGUUCGUGACAAUCAAACAAUUUACCAAAUUCGACACUUGUCAUUGACUUCCUUACAACAAUUUCUCAUUGGUUGUCUUAUUUUCGUGGACAGAUUUUGGGCGGAGUAAACCCUCUCGCUUUGCCUCUUCCUCUCUGAUAUAACUGGCUAGCCAUCUUCUUGACAAGAGUAAGGUAGGCGCUGUUUGGAAUGUCAGUUCCAUGAAGUGGUAAAUAGUGACAGUGUAUUCUUGGAAAUGUGUUUCAAUUACCUUUUAAACAAGUGUUAGUAUUGAAUAAUUUUAAAUUCGCAAGUCAAGAGGGGAGAGUAGACUUGAUCCGCAUGAUGUCUUACGUACUUGUCCCAACGUAGAGGAAGGAGUGUUGCAGCUAGCAAGCUAGCCAGCCAACGUUAGCACUUUGAGUGGAGUGGAGUGGAGUGGAGGGGUACGGGCCCGCCUCAGACUAAAGUAGCUCCUGCAGCUGGGGAGCUCUCUCUGCGACAGCGGCCAUCUGACAACUACGGAGUCGGGACAUUACUUACUGGGCAGGCCGGUUCUGACGGAUCAAAGCUUUGGAUCAGUUAUUUAAUUGCUAGCUAAUUCUAUUGGCAAACGCCGCAUUGCUUGAAAUGAGAGGGGCGGUCUUCAAUGUUAUGAACUCGUAAAAUGCAACAGGAGAGGAGGUAGGAUGACAUACUCGUCUUGAUAAUAGAAUAACUGAAAUCGAUGCAAAUACGCUGUUUCACAUAGCCAUUUGUCAGCUGAUACUAGCCCACUCGCGUUUGACGCAGGAUAUUUAGACUGGAGUUGUAAACUCAGGCUCUCAAAAUGUCUAAAAUGCCGGCUAAAAAGAAGAGCUGUUUUCAGAUCACAAGUGUGACACAGGCUCAGGUGGCGGCCAGCAGUGCCACGGAUGAUACAGAGAGCCUGGACGACCCAGACGAAUCACGGACUGAAGACGUGUCUUCGGAAAUAUUCGACAUGUCCCGGGCUGACUACGAGCCGGAGGUAUGUGAUCGAAGUUCAUCUGAGGAAACCCUAAACCAUGUAGGGGAGCAAGAGGCACCUGGCGUAAUACCUCAAGUUGGGCAGCUACCUGCAAUGUUGGGUCCCCCAAAUGAGGGUUUUGCUAUUCGAAAGGUGGGAGGGGCAGGCUCUCAUGUUAGCCAGCAAACUCUGGGAACUGGUUCCUCAAGUGGCCUCCCUACUAUCGCUCAUUCCAGGCUCGUGCAACAGCCUGCACCAGUGACCAGUGGGGUGGCUACCAACGUGUCAGUGAGCACAUCCCAGCCAGUAGUGACUAGUUCAACUCCUACUUCUACGACGUCGACAACAAGUUGCAGUUCACGCUUCAGGGUCAUCAAACUUGAUCAUGGUACUGGAGAGCCCUUCAGAAGAGGCCGAUGGACUUGCACAGAGUUCUAUGAGAAAGACUCGGAGGGUAACACAGUGGUUAACAGGACUGCGGAUAACAUUAGGCAUGCCAAUGCGUUGGACCCCAGCGCCGACAGGGACAGCGGGCUGGGGUUGACAGGUGGUUCGGUGGUCGCACCGGCGACUCUCUCAGGCCAGGGCCUAGACUCUAUAGUGGAUGCUGCUGCUCUUAGUGCCUCGCACAUUCACCCAGUGGACACACUGCUACAGCAGCAGCAGCUCCACCACCAAAACUACAACAUGGGGCAGCCUGGAACAGACACAGCCAACGCUUUCCCCACCAACAAACCCGUGGCUGUCUCAGUUCAGCAGCCAGCGCUGGGCACUAUCCAACCCGCUGCCCCCCAGAACCUCCUUGUGGGGUUCAACGGUCUGCCUCAAGCUGGCAUCCACAUACAGAAAUCUCAUAGCGUGCCCCCGGCAGCCCAGACCCAGCAACCCAUUCUACAGCAUCUUCCACUGGGACACCAUCUAUCCAACCAACCCCCAGGCCUGCCCCAGAACCAGGCGGACUACUACCUACACCACCAACCUGUCAUGGAGGCAGUGGUGUCGGCUGGCCAGACCCUUUCCAUGACCAGCCUCUCUGUGGGACAACCUAUGGGUCAGGGCCCAUCGCCGGUCAUGACUCCCGCCGCCGGGGUGCCGAUGCAGGGCCAGGUAGGGGAGUUGGCAGCAGCGGAGGGAGGAGUCCCUUUACCCCUUAGUCAGCCAGCUCCAGGCUUGAUAGGUGCAGGUAUUGGAGGUGUUGGGGCCUCCAUGCUGCUGGGCAGAGCCUCUACUCUGCAGCAGCCUGUGUGUCAGUAUGCCCCCACAGGGAUGCCUCAGCCCCUCGGGCUCCACUCCAUGCCCCCCAGUGCUCAAAACGUGCCUACCGCCGUCGUAGCCGUGACCACCAGCAUCGCCGGCAUGCCCACCACUGCACCCAGUGCCUCCAACACUGCUGCAGCAGUCCCUGCCACCAUGUCAAACCUGACCGCCUUCUUGUUGCCCGGGCAACAGGCCCCCACGGCCCGCAAUGACGGGAGGGUGCAGGACCUCUUGGCUGCCGGGUUUGACCAGGUGGAGGAGGGCAGUAGGAAGGUGGAGGGCCUCGUGGCGGCCCAGCCUCCUGUCAUCGCUGAGAAAAACCUGAUGAAGACCCCAGAGGGCCUGCAUCAGGCUGACAACCCCUCUGUGAACAGCCUGUUUGGAAUACCUAUACAAAUGGACUGGGACGAGGACAGGAACCCCUCCAUUGCGUUCUACCAGGCCUUCCAGUCUGGCAGCAGGCUGCGGGCCCACAGUGAUAGUGCCUCUGGAGCCAGUGUUGUUGCCAUUGAUAAUAAAAUAGAGCAAGCCAUGGACCUGGUGAAAAGCCAUCUGAUGUAUGCAGUGCGUGAGGAGGUGGAGGUGCUGAAGGAGCAGAUCAAGGAGCUGUUUGAGAGGAACUCUAUGCUGGAGCGGGAGAACGCCGUUCUGAAAUCCCUGGCCAACAGCGAUCAGCUGUCUCAGCUCUCUGUCCGGCCGGCCGACACAAACUCCUCUUGCAGCACGACUCCACAGCAAGGGGUGGGCCAAGGCCAGCCGCAACUACAGGCUCCACCACAAGCCCAGCUUCAAACACAGCCUCCGCUCCAGGCCCAGUCCCAGCAACUUCAAACCCAGCCUCAAGUGCUGCUUCAGCUCCAGUCCCAGCAACUACAGCCUUUGUCUCAACCCCAGCUCCAGCUUGACACCAGCCAGCCCCUGCCUUCGCAGCAACCGCAGCCCAACUUCAACUCUGCUUGAAGUGCACCCUCCCUCCCUAUUGCUCUCCGUGACAGGAGAGGGGGGAGAAAAAAAAGUAGAAAACAUCCUCCAAUUCUAAAUUGGCAUACGAAGCAAAAACAAUAUUGUCUUGUUCGCCACCAGCUUGACCACCACAACCAAGAGCAGUGCUUCAGUGUGUCUGUGUGUGUACUGUAUGCCGGCUGUUUGGCCUUCCCAGUGUUAAUGCAAUCAUCGUGAGAGUAUGAGCGAGAGAAAGGGGGGCAUUUCUUGUGGGGCGCCAUGCUGGAGCUUUGACUGACCCCCCCCCCCCCCCCCCCCCCCCCAACCCAGGGGCAACACACAGAGGAGAGGGGAUACUCACGAGGACAAAUCAUCGUGUCCCAGAUUAUUAUUAUUUCUUUUUCAGAGAGUCGGGAAGGGGUUUAUUUUUAGCCUUGCAGUUUCAUAUUGUAAGUAAGUGGGAGAGAUCUAUUUUCGGAGCCGCGCCACCAUUUCUUCUUCGACACAAGUCCAAUCCAUGCAUCAGUCUCUAAAGUUCUACUGUUAAUGUUUAUUUAUUACUGGGCUGCUAUUUUCAUAAAGGAACAAUGUCUCACAAAAAAAAAAAAAUGUAAAAAAAAAAUAUAUAUAUAUAAAAAUAAACAUUGAGCCUUUUUUUUUUAAAUUACUUUUUUUUUGUCAUUAGUGUUAAAAAUAACUGGCCCUACAUCCAAUGGGCAGUUUAUUGCAUUAAUCAGUCGAAUAUGUAGGCAAUAAUAAAGCAACUCUGACACGUCUAACACUAAAUGGGCUGUUUUACGAUGAAAUUGUUUAUCCGCAUCAGUCAAGAUCUAGUUUGAAUGUACAUUUUGUAUAGAGUGUAAAGUAUUAUGUGCAUAGCAAAGUUUGUACAGGUGAACACCAACUCGUGUGACAGGAAAUCUGAACAUGAAUCUGCGGUAGGCUAUUUUGACGACAACUUCCAAUCCAAUUGCUAGUUUCUUUGUCUCAAAUUGACAGUUUAUUGCCAUACUUCCCCGCCCCUACCCUAAUAUCGUCUUGUGCAUUUGAUUCCGGGAUGGGGGCAAAAAAAUGCUGUGAAAUCGUUCAAAACUUACUUUGUAACCAAAGAUGCAAAGCUGUGUAAUUCUAUUAUUUUUGCACACUUCUAUGUAUUUUGUUACUUUUUACUCCUUCACAACAAAAUAUUUUUGUUGCUGUUUAGCAUGUUCUGCAUGAUCUGUAAUCUUCAAACCACUUUCUUACCUCAUUUUUAUUCAGCACUCUUAUUGUAAGAUCUGUGAACAAUGUAAAUGGAGGGGAAAAAGACAUGGAGACAGAGCUAGGGUUUUGGUUGAGCAACACAAACUAGUGUUAGACACUAGCUGCAAAGAAAUGAAGUGAGCCAUGUUUUCAUUUAAAUGGUGUUUGAAUUUCAUAUGCCAAUAGUUUUGUUACAUUGCAAAUUUGUAUCUAUUUAAAUAAAUGCAAUCUUCCGAUUCAAAUUUUGU